AGUUCGUCUAGGGUAGUGCUGACAUCUGCCGGAAUUACUUGUGUAUGACAUCGGGGUCAGUAACUCGGAUACCCAAAGUCUCAUAUAACUACGACCUAUCAGUUGAUGAUAAGGGUAAAGAGCUGUUAUAUAAGCUCUUUCGGUUAAAAAUAUAUUAAAAUUGCUAUUUUUUCCGGUUAAUUGCUUAGCCAUAUAAAAAAAAUAUUACCUGGUUGAGAAUGGACUGGAUAGUUUCUGCAAGUUCAACAUUUAAAAAUUCAUUUGAGAACUGGACAAAUGACAAGACGGCAACUAAAAAGAUUUUAAUUGUGGCAGGCACCAGCGGAACUAUUUAUGUUCUGUAUAAAAUUUUGAUCAAGCCGUUCUUCAGUCCCUUAAAUAAAGUAAGGACUCAAUAGUUGAGAACAUUUAAUUUUUAAUAUUAACACCAUCGUCAAUUAGAUUCCUGGACCGCCAUUUGGAAUAAAAAAUUUUAUAUUUGGAAAUGUCGCAAAUGCAAUGGAAGGAAGUGGUUCGGAAGCUGGAGAAACAUCAAUCAAUUGGGUUCGAAAGUAUGGGGGUAUUGUACAUUACCGUCAUUUACUUGGCGAACAUAGAAUCCUUGUAGCAGAUCCUCAAGGUCUUCGUACUAUUUUAGUGAAAGAAGACGAAAAAUUUCUGCGAGACAUCCAACUUGGAAUUGGCAGUCGCCUUAAUAUCGUACUAUUGACAAACGAUGGCGCCGAGCAUAGCUAUCAAAGGAAGCUGGUUAAUCCACACUUUACACAAAUGUCUUUAAAUGCUUCCUUCGAUAUAUUUUUGGAACAAGCCCAAGAUCUUAAAAAUUCCGUAGAAGAUCAAUUAAAAGGAGUAACAGAAAAAUUACUACCAAUUCAAAACAUGGUGACUGAUUGCGUAAAAGAAUUCAUUUGUCGAUAUGCAUUUGGUGAAUUUCCAAAAAUGGAAGAUUCAAGUCAGAAUAUUGUAACAGCUCUUAUGUCUGCACUAUCCUUAUCGCCAAUUGUAAGUUUUACUCAAACGAUUCCAAUAUUAGGUUGGCUCCCAACGAAAUCAAAUAGAGCCUUAGCGAAAAACAUAAAAUUUGCAAAUGAUUUUGUCAAAAAAUUGAUGGAAGAUAAAAGAGCAAAACUGAUGACUGAUCAGGGUAAAGAAGAAAUGAAAAAAGAUUUGGUCGGAAGACUGUUCCUUGAAGCUGAUUCAUCUAAACCACUAACUGAAGAUCAAGUAGCGGGACUAAUCAGUACAAUUAUAUUUGCAGGAUUCCAGACAACAUCGACAGCAAUCACUUGGUGUUUACAUAUCUUGUCCGAAAAACCGGAUAUUCAAGAAAAAAUAGCUCAAGAGGUAGCUGAGGUCAUGGUUCACGAUGGUUGUUGGACAUGGAGCAAUUUGGAUAAGCUUGUUUAUCUAGAUGCAGUUUUUAAAGAGAGCCAAAGAUUAAUACCCAUUGUGAGCUCUGUCUUAAAAAAAGCCCAAAGAGGAGCUAAGAUAAAUGGCUAUGAUAUACCUGAAGGAACAGUUGUUGUUGCUCAUCUUGGUGCUGCUAUGAGGAAUCCUCAUGUUUGGGAGGAUCCUGAUGAAUUUAAACCAGAGAGAUUCCUAAAUACCACAAUGGAUAAGUAUAUGUAUCAAUUUUUGCCCUUUGGUACCGGUGCUCACAAAUGUCUAGGACAUCAAUUGGCAAAAGUUGAAAGUCGUCUAAUUUUAGCUUUGCUUAUACAAAACUUCAUUUUCGAAAGGCCACCAGGCUAUAAAGUGCGCAAAGCGUCGCAACUACUUAUAACUCCAAAUCCAAAAGUUGAAUUGAUAGUAAAAAGAAGAAAUUGA